AUGCACAUUUCGUUACAUGGGGCAUGCGUAAUCAAAGUCUUCGCUUGGNAGGAUUGGCGUGUUGUUGCGAAACGCAGUGGAGUGAAGUAUAAGACCGCUUACAACUGGAUUAAUGCCAAGGAACUGCAUUACGAACGUCAACCGAAAAGCGGAGGAAGGAGAAAGACUUUAAAUGACACGGAGAUCGACGAAAUAAUCAACUGGCUGGAGGAAGAUCCCACAAUCACAUUGGAGUUGUUAAGAAUCCGAAUUAAAGCGGAGUUUGAGAAGGAGGUUUCACGCACAACAGUUGAAAAUUAUUUGGAUUGCCGACUGAUUACAAUCAAGAAGCGUCAUCUCAUUCCAUAUGGAAUGAAUAAUGUUGAUACGAAGGUGAUACAAACGUGA